AAAGAAGAAGGAAAGGAAAGAGGAAAAAAAAUACUCCAAUCUGGUUGUUAGAUGGAUGGUUGAGGUAGCACAGAUUCCCGCAGCACUGAGCUCCAUUUUAGAGCGAGCUCAUAACAGAGAGAGAAGGCACUGAGAUUGAUAAAUACAAAGAAGCUACAGAGAGAAGAAAUGGUUGGUGAUUCUGGAGCGUAUGUAGGCUAGAGUGAAAGAAGAAUGUGCUAGAAAGCAGUGGGUAGAAGAAGAGAACAGAUACGAGGAGGAAUGAUCAUGUAUCGAGAAGAAGGAAUAUCCCAUCCCCCAGUUUUUAUCCUGACAUCCUGACCAAAGGGCGACUGAGAAGAGGAACAAUCCUAACCUGGCUGCGGAUCGAAGAAAACAGAGGGGUGUUUUGUGAGCGUACACAGAGGAAAGCGCCAUCAAAGGAGCGAAUGGUGCUGAGCAUAUAACUAGCUUUGCAGAUUCACACACACUGACAUAGAUAGGCACCUAGCCUCCAUUGGCAGGCCGGGGCAACGCUGAGCAUCGGCAAAGUGGCAGGAGAAGCAGGGGAGGUGGCUGUCGGAGCAGAGCGGAGGUGCAGACCUAUUUUAGAAGACAACGACGGAGGUUGUCAAGGAGUGGGACGAGGUGACGCGGUGUGGUGUGGAGGCUCAGUGCUCAGAGAAAGGCGACUGGGGACUGCCGGCGGUGCUGAAGAGGAGGAAGAGGAGGAAGCCAAAGAACUAAUGGCUCGUGGCAAUGGCUCUGGGAGGUGGAGCAGGCAGAAGAUGGGAUUCUUUAACACCCUUCUGCGCUGUAACCUACCCCCAGACACCCAAAAGGUGGUUGUGUUUGUCAUCAUGAUGCUUCUCAUCAUCAUCAACGUAGUGCUGAUGUUCUUACUGGCCUUCCAGUAGACUGCAUACACACAGCUAUCCCCUUUUUUCCAUCCUAAACACAUGCUCAGACAGAGAAACUCAAGCAGACAAUUACACCUAGCUGGGAGAGGAGAGCAGACAAACUGAGACACAAGAAGAACCGCUGUGUUAAUGAGAACACUGCUUGGAUCAAUGUGGGUGUCCACGGGUGUCCAUCAUGCCAGCAGCAAAGCUCAGCUGCAGCUGGAGGAAUGGAAGAUCAUGUGGACUGAUCAGUGAUGGCGGUGUGGUGUAUGCUGAGGCCCUGUGGGACCAUGUUACCAUGGACAUCCAGGAACUAGGCUUCAAGGCAGGUGAUGUCAUCGAAGUGAUUGAUGCCUCAAACAAGGAGUGGUGGUGGGGCCGCAUCAUGGACAGUGAGGGCUGGUUUCCUGCCAGCUUUGUACGGCUGCGUGUGAAUCAGGAUGAACCUAUGGAGCAAUUUUCAGCCUGUCUGGAGGAGUCCCACUGUGGAAAUGAAGAGCAGGCAGGUCUGGCUUUGUUAUCAGGACCUGGGAUACCCUGCAAAGAACAGAUGAGAGCCAACGUGAUCAAUGAGAUCAUGAGCACAGAGCGAGACUACAUCAAGCACCUGAAAGACAUCUGGGAGGGUUACAUCAAACAGUGCCAUAAGAGGACAGACAUGUUCACUGAAGAGCAGCUUCGAACCAUCUUUGGCAACAUUGAAGAUAUCUACAAAUUCCAGAGAAAGUUCCUGAAGGACCUGGAAAAAAAGUUCAACAAUGAGCAGCCUCACCUGAGUGAGAUAGGUUGUUGUUUCCUUGAACAUCAAACAGAUUUCCAGAUUUAUUCAGAGUAUUGUAACAACCACCCAAACGCCUGCAUCCAACUCUCCAAGCUGAUGAAAGUCAACAAGUAUGUGUUUUUCUUUGAGGCCUGUCGAUUGCUCCAGAAGAUGAUUGAUAUUUCUUUAGACGGCUUCCUACUAACGCCAGUGCAGAAGAUCUGCAAGUAUCCAUUACAGCUGGCUGAGCUCCUCAAAUACACCAACCCACAGCACAGGGACUACAAGGAUGUGGAGGCAGCCUUAAAUGCCAUGAAAAAUGUCGCCAGGCUGAUCAAUGAGAGGAAACGGCGCCUUGAAAACAUUGACAAAAUUGCCCAUUGGCAGAGUUCUAUUGAAGACUGGGAGGGUGAAGAUGUUCUGGUCAGAAGCUCUGAACUGAUCUUUUCUGGAGAGAUGACCAAGCUAUCCCAGCCGCAAACUAAAAGCCAGCAGAGAAUGUUUUUUCUCUUCGACCAUCAGAUGGUUUACUGCAAAAAGGAUCUCCUACGCAGGGACAUACUGUACUACAAGGGACGCGUGGAUAUGGACCUAAUGGAGGUGAUAGAUUUGGAAGACGGCAAGGAAAAAGAUUUUAAUAUUACAGUGAAAAAUGCACUAAAGCUUCGAGCAAGGAGUGGUGAUGAAGUCCACCUCCUGUGUACCAAGAAACCUGAACAAAAACAACGCUGGAUCCGAGCUUUCACUGAUGAGAGGAAGCAGGUCCAUCAUGACCGUGAAACAGGCUUUUCUCUCACUGAAGUCCAGAAGAAACAGGCCAUGCUAAAUGCCUUCAAAAGUCACACAGCUGGGAAACCCAAAGGAUUUUUCGGCGGUGCUGGCAAUGGCGGUGGCCGGCAAUGUGGUGAAACAGUGACCAGACCAUACUGCGACUUUCUCCUGCGUCAGAAACAUCCAUCCCUGCCCACUGCUCUGCCCCAGCAGCAGGUCUUUAUGCUGGCUGAGCCCAAGCGCAAAACCACCUUCUGGCAUAACAUCGGAAGACUGACACCUUUCAAGAAAUGAAAACCAAACCAGAAAGGAAUUACAAAGUUGUGGAGAGAAGAGCUGUCUGCUUGUGCCUGCAUAGACCCUUUUCAAUUAUUCCUCUCUUUUCUUUCCUAUGUAUAACCUUUCCUGGAUUGGUUUUUGGACUUGAAUAUACAAAGUGGACCAUAAUAAUGGGGAGAUUAUUCUUGGAAAGCACUUUAUUGAUUGAAUAACAAUCAGACAUGAGAAUGGUCUCCUGGAGUCGCUGGGUUAAACAAGGAGAGUGAACUCUUGCCUAAUGUUAUUCUGCUCCUUAAAAUGCCGACUGGUGUUGGUUCUAUUGUACUGCUGCAAAUUAGUGUGGGACUCCUGGCUGAGCUGCCUCUGUGAAAACUUUGCCUGUCAACAAAACUGGUACUUUUUUUCCUCCAUUGCUCUGUGCUUUUGUUUAAUGAUUUAACAAUUUGCCAACUUAUUAUUGUGUCAAAAGUUUGGAUUUCAUAUUCAUGCUUGUUCUGUGUCUGCUUUAAAAAGGGGAAAUUUUGUUAAAUAAAAUUCUUUGUGAUUUUCUCUUUGCUAAUGUAUAAUUUCAGGAUAAUUUGAAACCUAUUUUAAAUGUACUGUGGACUGUCUGUAGUUUUGAAUUUCCUCUCCUCAUGCCCGACAUUUAUUCCAGCCCAAACAAGUUUGGGAUUUUCCAUUCAAAGUUGAGCAGCCCAGAGGAAGCAGCAACACAUUCCUUCAGUAUGAUCCUUGGCUUCUGAUGUCUCCUGCAUCACUGAAAGAAAACCAGCUGCUCUAUUUUCUCUCUCUGUCAUUUGAUGUUUUACACAAUGCCAUCUGAGAUGUGAAACACCUAAAUAUGAUCAAAUACUACUGUGAAUGUGUUCUUUUUCUAUCUCCAGCGAGUGCUGAUGUAACUUACCAGACUGACUGAUGAUAAGAUGCUAAAUGCUCACUGACUCUUAUUUACUAGUGCUUCUAGUAUGCAGUGUUCCUGCUCCGUUUUUCUGUUUUUCAGAGCAGCCCAGUGACAGCAGCCAUGUGGACACAUUUAUUUAAAUGUACUACUUCAACUUUAUGUUCAAAUGUUAUAUAAUAUUAAACAUUCCUUAGCUGAAAAA